GUGAUCCAGGUAAGCCAGGAGUUAAAUGGUUUAAUAAAUUUUUAAAAGACUAUGAUUUAAUUCCUAAAUAUUUACGUAAAUUAGGAGCAGUUUAUGCUGUAGUGACGAAUGGAGCGAAAAAUAUGGCCCACGCUUAUACAAUUGCUGGGGAAGCACUUCGGCAUUCUUGUGACAACCAUACUUCUCCAGUACAAAACUACGUCGUG